AUGGCUGCUGCUCAGGCCUACACUGCCCCUGAGCAGGUCAAUGUCCAGGCCAGCCUGAUCUCCGAUCCCAAGAUGGUCGCCGGAAAGACCGUUGACUAUAUCAUUGCUGGCGGUGGUCUAACUGGCCUAACUGUUGCCGCUAAGCUGUCUGAGAACCCUGAAAUCAACGUUCUGGUCAUUGAAAAGGGCUUCUAUGAGUCUAAUGAUGGGCCGAUAAUCGAAAACCCCAACGACUAUGGUCACAUCUUCGGUAGCUCGGUAGACCAGAACUAUCUUACCGUUCCUAUGGCCAUAAAUAACCGCACGCUGGACAUUAAGUCUGGCAAAGGUCUCGGUGGAUCUACUUUGAUCAACGGUGACUCCUGGACUGGUGCCGACAAAGUCCAGAUUGAUUCCUGGGAGGCUGUCCUUGGUAACCCUGGCUGGAACUGGCACAACCUAAACGAGUAUAUGAAGAAGGCAGAGCUCGCUCGCUACCCGACUCCCACCCAAAUUGCUGCCGGUCAUUUCUUCAACGCUUCCUGCCACGGAUUCAAUGGCACUAUUUCCGCUGGCCCCCGUGACGAUGGCCGGUCCUACUCUGUCCUCAUGAAAGCCCUGAUGAACACCACCGCAGCCAUGGGUAUUCCCACACAGGUUGACUUACUUUGUGGCCAUCCUCGCGGUGUCUCCAUGAUCUACAAUAACUUGUUACCGGAUCAGACCCGUGCCGAUACUGCACGGGCCUGGCUUCUUCCAAAUUACCAGCGCCCCAACUUACACGUUCUCACUGGCCAGGUCGUUGGCAAAGUCCUUUUCAACCAGACAGCAGCCGGCCCUAGGGCCGUUGGUGUUAACUUUGGUACUAAUAAGGCCGUUAACUUCGACGUCUAUGCUAAGCACGAGGUCCUGUUGGCCGCCGGAUCUGUCAUCUCCCCGUUUAUCCUCGAGCAUUCUGGUAUUGGCAUGAAGUCCGUUCUCGACCAGUUCAACAUUACCCAGCUUGUCGACCUUCCCGUAGGUCUUAAUAUGCAGGACCAAACUACCACUACUGUUCGUGCACGCGCCAAGCCCUCCGCUGACGGCCAGGGCCAAGCCGUGUACUUUGCCAACUUCACAGAAGUCUUCGGUGACUAUAGCCCUACGGCAACCAGUAUGCUCAACACCAAGCUGGAUCAGUGGGCCCACGAAACAGUUGCCCGCGGUGGCUUUCACAACGUUACUGCGCUCAAGAUUCAGUAUGAGAACUACCGUAAUUGGCUCCUCAAUGAGAACGUUGCCUACGUCGAGCUCUUCAUGGACACCAAUGGCAAAAUUAACUUUGACUUGUGGGAUCUCAUUCCCUUCACCCGCGGCUCCACUCACAUUGCCCAUGCCGACCCCUUCCUCCAGUCAUUUAAGAACGAUCCCCAGUUCUUGCUGAACGAGCUUGACCUUCUUGGUCAAGCUGCUGCUUCUAUGCUUGCACGUAAGCUCCAGAACAGUGGCGAGAUGUCUAACUAUUUCAAUGGUGAGGACAUCCCCGGUGCCGACCUCUUGCCGUACAACGCCACCCUCGGCGACUGGGUCGAAUAUGUGAAGCAGAAUUUCCGUGCUAACUGGCACGCUGUAUCCACUUGCUCCAUGAUGCCCAAAGAGCUUGGUGGCGUUGUUGACUCUACCGCUAAGGUCUAUGGCACCCUUGGGCUUCGUGUUAUUGAUGGUUCAAUUCCGCCUACCCAGGUAUCAUCCCAUGUCAUGACUGUCUUCUAUGCUAUGGCUUUGAAAAUUGCGGAUGGCAUUCUCGCGGAUUAUCAAAAGUCCUAG